CACUCAUGACACUCGUCACGCCAACUCAUAGCCAUGGCUUAGUGCUACAAUAACUCAUGGCGAAUUGCCUCCACAUUUGGGGAUCUCUCGCUGAUCCUCUGUCCAGAAUCUCUCCCGAACGCUUAGAUCUGCCUCUGCGCGGCCCCGUCCCUAGCCCGCCGCUGCCUGGGCCUCUUUCGCACUUGUCAAUACCGCCAUGAUGGCUUCCAACAUCCUCUCUAGAUUUCUUCCUUCUGCCUCCGACGAGCCUUUUGAAACAGACGCCCUGAAUAACCCGUCCCGCCGCCGCCUCUCGUCCGCAGACGAGCAUGGGGAAACGGAUAUAGACGAAGAGAACCUAGAGGCUCGUUUUGAGGCACAAGAUCUAGAAAAUCUGCUCGCAGAUGCAUCUUCGAGUCACAUGACAACUGAGAGCACAGCAUUUCUCCCAGGGAACGAUCGAAAACCCAGCACACUAGCCCCAGGGCGGGCUGGGGCAUGGAGACAACCCGCUCCCGUUCGGACAGCACCCUUAGACGAUGAUGAUGAUGUCCCAGAGUCCCUCUUGUUAGAAGGAAUACGCGAUCCACCGCCCCCCAAGUCGAAUCACCACAGCAUGCCCACCGAUGGCCUCCCACCGCCCGUCCCUGGUCCUUCAACCCGUCACACACGAGCACAGUGGGAAACGACAAGGAGGCAGCAGCGCUUACAUGAUGAGACUCAUGAUGCUGCACCGGCACCAAAAUGGGCCCUCCCAACAAGAACUGGUUUCACGGCUGACCCAAAAGAGAAGGCGAUGUGGCUAUGGGUCAACGUCGAGGAUCUUGACGCAUUUUUAGCCGAGGUAUACUUCUACUACACGAACUGCGGCAUAUAUUCGAUAUUGCUACGAGGGACCUUAGAUCUAUUCCAGAGCGCCUUUAUUGUGGGAUUCCUUACGUUCCUUGGGUGGUGUAUCGACUACCCCAAGAUAUCUCAAAGCCACAAGAUGAGCGAGGUGAUUGUACCACAAUGCACUAAAAAAAUGCAUGGGUUCUGGGUCUUUGCCCUUUGGCUUUACAUUCUGUACUUUCUGUAUUCUUCCAUCCAGCUCGUACGGGCAUUCCCUCGUCUGCGCCUAAUGCACCACUUUUUUGAGCAUCUUCUGGACAUCCCUGAUAGAGAUAUUCAAACCGUUGAGUGGCAAUACAUUGUGAGCCGCAUUAUGAAUUUGCGCGAUGCCAAUCUUACAACAGCAUCCAACAUAUCUCCAGAGACGCGGAAGCUUCUAGAUAAAAGAGGUCGACAACGACUAGAUGCUCAUGACAUCGCCAGCCGCCUCAUGCGCCGGGAAAACUACCUUAUUGCUCUAUUCAACAAGGAAAUUCUCGAUGUCACUAUUCCAAUACCGUAUUUAGGGAAUCGAUUCAUCUUUUCUAAAACCACCGAGUGGCAUGUGGAUCUUGCAAUUAUGGACUUCGUCUUUGGCCAAGGCGGCAAGUUCGAUCCGGACUUCCUCAAGGAGAAAAAUCGUCGGCAUUUAGUCAAACAGCUACAAAAGCGUCUAUUAGUAGUUGGCGUCAUUAGCAUUGCUUGGGCUCCAUUUCGGGUAUCUUAUGUCUUAGUGUCGUAUCUCUUCAAGUACUUCACUGAGUACCACAAGGACCCUUCACAGCUCAACACCAGAGACUUCACAACGUUCGCUCAGUGGAAAUUCCGUGAGUUCAAUGAGCUACAACACUUAUUCGAACGUCGAAGGAAUAUGGCAUACCCAUAUGCGAACUUAUACCUCGCGCAAUUUCCAAAAAACAAGACGGAACAGGUCUCGGCUUUUGUGGCUUUCGUUGCGGGGGCAUUCGCAUUCGUUCUUGCGGUCUUCACCUUUCUCGACUCUGAGCUUUUUCUCACCUUCGAAAUCACUCCCGGGAAGACUGCCCUCUUCUGGAUCGGAGCACUUAGCGUUAUCUACAGAAUUGCUCGCAGCAGCAGCCCGCAGGAGGAUGAGGUGGCCGAACCUGCUUACUAUCUGAGCCACGUCAUCUACCAUACCCAUUAUGAGCCGGAAUGGUGGCAAGAGCGAUUGCAUACUGACGAAGUCCGCGCGGAAUUUGCUAGGCUGUACCAGCCCAAGAUCGUCAUCUUCGCAGAAGAGGUUCUGAGUAUGUUCAUUACCCCUUUCCUGCUCAUUUUCCGUUUGCCACAGUCCAGUGAACGCAUUGUCGAUUUUUUCCGCGAAUUUUCGAUAGUCGUGGAUGGUUUGGGAGUCGUUUGCUCCUAUUCCAUGUUUCCGUUCAAGAAGGGUGGUGACAACGCACCAGCCAAUCGAGCUGGGCGCCGAGAGGAUUCAGAUCUCCGUGAAGAUUACUUCAUGGCGAAAGAUAACAAGAUGCUUGCAUCGUAUUAUGGAUUCCUGGAUGCAUAUGCUGGCCCUGGUCGGGGCCACUAUAAUGCACGUCUACAAGGCAGAGGAAGCUUCCACCCUCCGCCCCAGUUCCCGAACAAUUUCGGGGCGAUGUCUGUAAACGUACCGGUGCCAGAGACAGGCGGCCGCGGGAGCAGCAGAGUGCCUGCUGGAAGGCAGCCUUUGCCUCGGCGAACGCCGAGACAGGGACCAAUACCAGGCAGAGAUGAACCAAUCAACUCCAUCCUGCUUGAUCCACAUCACCAGCCCACCGCUUCUACCUUAAGGGGGUCCCCAAGGCAAACAGCGAGUUCGAGGUAUCGAACAUCUUUGCAGCCUGUAUCCGAUCCUCGUGAGCCUGGUUUGUCGAGGCAAAACUCGUCUCGUAUUGAAGAGGAAAGCACUAUUGGUGAUUCGUGGCGAACAAGUAGGCUUGCACAGGACGAUGAUGAAGAGGAGGAGACGACGGGAAACACUCGUGGUGGCGUUUUGCAGUUGUUGCAGCAGUUCUCGAAGGCUCAGACCGAGGGACGAGGGGCUGGCGUUGGAAUGUGAUAUAUUAUCUGCAUCGGGUGGGCUUUUGGUGUUUGGAUUGGAGUGUGUCCUAUACACAGCUAGAAGGUUAGGUGGCAUGGCAACAUAGCUUGUUUCGUGUGAUACCUGCGUGCAUUUUGCUGUAGUCCUUCUGAGAUUCGCUGAAGGGAUGACCAGAAGUUGU